AUGAAGCUCUCGUGGGCAGCGACGGUAGCCACCGCUCUCCUGGCCUGCUCCUCUGGAGUGACAUCACUGUCCAUCCCUCGAUCCGACCUCGUUGUGCGCGAGGCACUCCCCGCUGACCAUGAAUAUGUCGACCUCGAAAAGCGACGCGGCGGCGGCGGCGGAGGUCGCGGCGGAGGGAGCAGUGGAGGUAGCGGCGGCGGCCGGUCAUCGUCCAGCAGCUCUGGCUCCAGUCGCGGCGGAAGCAGUGGCAGUUCCAGCUCAUCCUCCAACCGAGGUGGCUCUUCCAGCGGCGGCAGCGGCGUGUCCCCAUCGUAUGGCGGCGGCAGGUACUACGCCGGUGGUGCGCGCACUCCCUAUACGGCAGGACGGAGCUCGCCCCUGGGCAUCACUCCAUUCCUCUUGCCCGUUGCCGCGCUAGCGUUUUUCCCGGGCUUGUGGCUGUACGGUGCCUACGCGUAUCCGUAUACCCACCCUUAUCACUAUGUCAACCACACCAACAACCACAACGAGUCGUUACCGGUGGUCUGUCUGUGCCAGGAGUACCAGGAGUGCGGAUGCGACGACAACAACAACAGCACUUACUAUGAAUCGCUCUUCAAUGACACGGAGCCUCGAAACACCUCCAACGCUCGCGUUGUCAACGUGAACGGCACCGAGAAGCUGUAUAUCAACGGGACGCUGGCCAACGGCACGACCGCCGAUGACGGGUCCGAAUCUGGCGCCUCCCUUUCGGUGGUGACCCUGAUGCACGCGAGUGGAUACUGGGUGGUCUUUGCCGUAGUCGGCGCCACCGUGUGGAUGUUCUAA